GGCUUGACGCAUGUGGCCGAGCGUGAAGGUGUGGAGGAGCCUGUGACAACAUGGUGGCAGCUGCGCGUGCUGCCAACACACGACUCGUGGCGCCGCCAAAGUGGUGAGCCUCGUCUUUCGCCCGUCCAUGGUCGCAGUGAGGGUCCUUGUGGCGCGACACUGGUGUGGGCGUGACGCGAUGAUGGGCGGGGCGGUGCGUGUGCCCCUCUCGUCACGCACGCUCGUGGGUUGUACGGUGGCGGCGGCGGCGUUCCUGCUGCUCACACUCCGCCUAUUUGCAGGCACCAAGCCUCCCCCGAGCCUCCCGGCCGUCGUGGCUGACUACGGCGACCGCUUCGCCAUCGACGCCGUGAUGGGCGCUGAGGGCGGGCUGGGCGAGGUGGGGUGGCGGGCGGCGGCGUGUCUCCCGCAGCUGGGGACGCCGCCCUUCCCCGUCAGGCUGCCCAAGUUCUCUCCGUCGGCGGCGUCCAAGAACGUCUUCUUCCUGGAGACGACAUGCUCCACCGCCGUCAACGCCAAGAUGGCGUGUGCAGUGGAGAGCGUGGCGGUGCACCACCACGACCACCAGGUCCACUUGGCCCUCACCUCCACCCACGUGGGCGGGACGGACUCCAUCAUCCAGGCCCUCGCCGCGUACCACAACAUCCGCAUCUCCACCCUGGACGUUGACGAUGUGCUGGGCAGCAGCGGCCGCCUCGGCAAGUGGCUGCGGGAGAUGGAGUGGGCGCGAGGCACAGACUGGGCGGCCAUUAACCUGUCGGACGCUCUGAGGCUGGGCGUCGUGUGCUCGGUGGGCGGGACCUACCUGGACCUCGACAUGUGGACGGUGGCGCCUCUGCCGGCCAACGACGUCUGGAUCGGCCGCGAGCGAUGGGACCAACUCUCCAAUGGCGCAUUUCGGUAAAAACGCUACCGGUUGAUUUUGU